AUGCUUGAAGAUCUAAGGAAGGAAAUCGCGCGCGACCGAAAAGUUUUGCAGAAUAUCCGACAGAAGUUGGCCACAAACGCAAUCAACGAACAGGAUCUGGUAGUGGCAUUCGUUGAACAUACCGACGACGGCUUCAUGGACAUUCAUUUGACGACGAAAGAGGAGGAAAACGAUCAGAUAGCCUUGCUUGAGGUCCUGGAGUUCCGCAAAGAUGUUGGUGGCCUAAAAACUAUCGUUACCUCUGUCUGCGAACAGAUGUAUCUUUUGUGCUAUUCUGAUGGCCAAGUUCAACUACAACAACUCAUGUUUGAAGUGGACACAGUGAAUCUGUUGGAUAGCACUGCGAUAUUUUCAGUCAAGCUGUCUGAUGUGGUGUUCUCAAACAGGCGCAGCAAAUUAGAACAGCCAACAGCAGCCUUUAAGGUCACAGCGGUGAAAAUUGCCCCCCAAAGGCCUCUAAUAGCUGAAAAGAUUGCCUUCCUUGCUUGCGACGGGGGACGUGUUUAUAAACUUGAUCUGCAGUACUACCUCACUGCGGCAAACUCCAAUAAAGCUCCCGAGGACACAAAUACUCUCAUGGGGAGUCUUCGCUGGAGGGCGCACGCCGGGCCAAUAAACGAUUUAGCCUGCUUUCGGCGACUUAACGAGACAACUGGGAAGGAAGAUCUCUUCCUAGUGACUGGCGGACAAGACGGAUUGGCAAAGAUAUUUGUUGGAUCGACCGGUGUGCAUCUUGGGAUCCUCAACCAGGUUGGGAGACUAAAAUAUAGUUCUGUUUGUUAA